AUGAGAAAUUCCGCGUGCGCCUUCUGCUUCCCGUUUCUCGUGGCUAACCUUUCAAAUCAUUGGACCUGAUAAACCCAAAUUUUCAAAAGUAUUCUCGCAAAUCAACUGCCAUGGGUGACAGAUUCUACGCAGAAGACGACGACUUCUUCGUUAGCAACCGCGGACGCAAGGGCGGUCGAAAUUCCGGUGGUGGCGGUUCUGGUGGAUCAUCUAAAAAAUUUACAACAUUUCGCAACAGGAAGCAACAACAGCAGAAACAUCCAAGAAAUCAGAGAGAUCUCCCUGUUUCCUUCAAUGACAAUGCUGGUUCAAGUCGUGGCGGUGGAAGUGGCCAGGGCAGCUCGUUUCCUAAACAUCCUCCUCACCUGAAAGGGAAAGCAAUUGGGCUUUACUAUGCCAGCUUAAGCAAAAAGAAGAAAGAAGCUGAGGGAGGGAAAGAGAAAGAGAAGAAAGCUGAGAAAAUGGAAGGGGGAGUAACUAUUAACAUCAGUCGUGAAAUGGAAGACCAAAUAAGAUCAAUGCUUGAGCAACUCCCUCGUUAUUUAGGAAAUUCUGUGGAAGAUCAGAUGCCAGGUUCUAGCCAUGCAGAGAGCGCAUCUGUGACAACAAAAUAUAACCACCUUCCUGACAGCCAGUUCAAAAAGAACUUUCUGCGCAGUUUAACUGAAACCAUUGAUUCCAAGAUAGAGAGACUUCUGAAGACACACUCGGCAUUGGAAAGAAACCCAUCUAAGGACAAAGAACUCAAAGAUAGGCUUCUUGAUAAAAAGGAGAACUCAAAAAAAUAUAAGACUAUGUAUGAGGCCCGAAAAAAGUUACCCUCUUUCAAAAUGCAGGAAUCAAUCCUUGAUUUAGUGAAUAAGAAUCAAGUUGUGGUGAUAAGUGGUGAAACUGGUUGUGGUAAAACCACUCAAGUUGCUCAGUUCAUUCUCGAUGAUUACAUCAUGCGGAACGAGGGUUCACUAUGUCGUAUUUUAUGUACACAACCCCGACGUAUCAGUGCAACUUCAGUUGCAGAACGGGUGGCAAGUGAAAGAGAUGAGCAGAUUGGCACUGUUUCUGUAGGUUACCAAAUAAGGCUCGAGAAGGCUGUGGCACCAAAGCAGGGCUCUAUUUUAUAUUGCACUACAGGAAUUCUCUUGGAAUGGAUGCAAUCUGACCCAUCUCUUGCAGAUACAUCUCACAUAAUACUUGAUGAGAUUCAUGAACGAGAUACCGUCUCAGAUUUUGUGAUUACACUUCUCAAGGAUAUUCUACCUAAGCGCCCUGAUCUCAAAGUGAUAUUGAUGAGUGCUACUUUAAAUGCCGACCACUUCUCCCGUUACUUCUAUAACUGCCCUUCUCUCAAUAUUCCUGGUUUUACUUUCCCUGUGGAAGAAUUUUACCUUGAAGAUGUCAUAGAAAUGUUGAGGUUUCAAUUUCCUAUGAGUAGGAAAAAGUGGGGGCAAGGCGAGAAUGGAAAUGAUUUUGCAGAUGUUAUUGGGCCUCAUAUUAGAUACUUGGAAAAGCAUAGGAAGUAUUCGCGGAAGACCAUAGAAGCCCUCCGAAAUCCAGAAUCAGAAGAAAUUAAUUAUGAGCUACUCUCAAGGCUUAUUUCUUACAUAUGUCAACACAAACCAGAUGGAGCAAUCCUUGUAUUUUUACCUGGUUGGGAACAGAUAUCCAAGUUGAACACCUCAUUGACUGGAAUAGAUCAUUUUAAAUCUUCUAUGUUCAACAUAAUACCAUUGCAUUCUCUUAUGCCAACUUCAGUUCAAAAGUCUGUUUUUGACCGGCCCCCAAAAGGAGUCAGGAAGAUAAUUCUUGCCACUAAUAUUGCUGAAACAUCCAUAACAAUAGAUGAUGUUGUGUAUGUUGUGGAUUGUGGUAAAAUCAAAAUGAAAAACUAUGAUAUAAAAAACAACAUUCAAACUUUGAAACCAGAGUGGGUAUCUCUUGCCAAUGCUAAGCAACGCAAAGGUCGUGCUGGAAGAGUGAAACCAGGAAUUUGCUAUCAUCUCUUUUCUAAAGGACGUGAGAUGACUCUUCAGGACUAUCCCCUGCCUGAAAUGUUGCGAUCUCGCUUGGAUGAAGUUAUAAUUAAAAUCAAGAUGUUGCAGUUAGGAGCUGCUAGUCCCUUCUUGGAUAAGGUUUUGAAUCCGCCGGAUCCUCUUGCAGUCACCCAUUCCCUGGAGUUGUUGAGAUUGAUGAAUGUUUUGGACUCCUCUGAAAACUUGACACCUCUUGGUUACAAUCUUGGAAAGCUGCCUGUGGACCCUCACACUGGCAAAAUGCUUUUAAUGGGAGCUUUGUUCAGCUGUGUGGAUCCAGUGUGCUCUGUUGCUGCCAGUCUUAGUUUCAAGGAUGCAUUCAUGAUUCCACUUGGCAAAGAGAAAGAGGUUGACCGUAUCAGGAUGCAGCUGUCAAAUGGCAGUAAAAGUGAUCUUUUACUGACUGGUGAUGUUCUGAUGCAAUGGGAAAUGGAAGUGAAAAAUGGGAAUGGUGGUCCUUUCUGUUGGAGAAACUUCUUGUCCCAGAACACACUUAAUAUGCUGAAGGAUCUGAAGAAACAGUUUGUUCAUCAUUUACAUGACAUGAAAUUUUUGGAAACAAGCAAUCCUUUUGCUGAUGCUUCAAAUGUCAAUUCAAAUAAUACAAGCCUUGUGAGAGCUAUCAUUUGUGCUGGGCUAUAUCCAAAUGUAGCAUAUUUACACAAGUGUAGGAGGAUUGGGUCUGGAAGGAAUGUCAAGAAGAUGACCACUCCUCAAGAUGGCAGAGUGGUCAUGCACCCAAAAUGUGUCAAUGACAAAGAAACAUACUUCCCCAGUCCCUUCUUUGUGUAUCAUUUGAAGUUAAAAAGUGCAAGUAUCACACUUCAUGACACCACAAUGGUUUAUCCCUUACCUUUACUUUUCUUCGGAGAAAAAAUCAGGUACUAUCAAGAAAAUGGUAAAGAGAAAGUGGCAGUCGGUAAACAUUUACAUUUUAGAUGUAAACACUCAAUCGCAUCUAUUGUAUUGGAAUUGCGUGAGCACAUGAAUCGUUUGCUGGAAUAUAGAGCAAGUCACCCCGCUGUGAUACCGUGGGAAGAUAGGAAACACCCACACACUACUCUCCUAAAGGCCAUAGUUCAAUUAAUAACAUAUGAAGAUGCUGGAAUGAUACAAAUAGAUUCCAGUGAUGAGAGUGAUGAUGACAGUGAUCUCGUGGCAAUGGAAGAAAUAUGAGUGUGAGCGGACAAGAGUUACACCAGGUAGCCCAUUGACUUGAUUGUCUUUGCUAUAUUUCUCUCAGUCCAUCGUAUCAAAAUGCAAGGUCUAGUCAUUCCAAGUUCUCAAACAAGAGUUGAUUUUAAGUGCAAAUUUGAAACUACUUUCUCUCCGAUAUGAAAUUAUUGAUACCUUUGCAAAGGUAGAAACUGUCCAAUCCCUUUCUGCAAAAAUGUUAUUGUUUCCUCAAAAUCAGAAAAAAAAUUAUUGAAAUAAACAUGAUGGAAAAAAGCAGAAA